AUGGCUGCUGCAAAUGCUGGACAGAUUAACCAUGCACAGCCUGGCCCCAUUGACAAGUCAGUUAGGGGUGUCCAUCAGAACCCGAAAACCGACCCACCCGCCCAAACCGUCCGGGCCGACCCGAAAACCGGCCGACCCGACGCCGGUGAUGGUCGGAGACGGGUCUCCGCCACCAAAAACCGUUUUAGGCGGUUCGGAUGGCGGGUUUUCUUCCUCAAAACCCGAUAUACCCGAUCCGACCGACGAAAGCGAAGAAAGAACGCCGGUUUUACCCAGAUCCGUUCAAAUUUGUCGAUAUUUCGUUUCCCUGAUCAGCCUGAUAACUGGGAUGAUGAAGAGAAUGGUGCGUGGAAACCCCCAAAGGUACCUAAUCCAGUGUAUAAAGGACCAUGGAAGCCCAAGAAAAUUAAGAACCCCAAUUAUAAAGGAAAAUGGAAGACUCCUUGGAUUGAUAAUCCAGAGUUUGAAGAUGACCCUGAUGUUUAUGUGCUUAAGCCAAUUAAGUAUGUAGGAAUUGAGGUUUGGCAGGUAAAGGGUGGGUCAGUUUACGACAAUGUUUUGAUCUGUGAUGACCCAGAUUAUGCAACACAAGUUGUGGAAGAAGUAUUUGCAAACAGGGAGAUUGAAAAAGAGGCCUUUGAGGAAGCAGAGAAAGUGAGAAAAGCACGAGAGGAAGAGGAAGCUCAAAGAGCAAGAGAAGAAGGUGAAAGGAGGAGAAGAGAGCGGGGUUAUGAUCGACGGUACAGGGAUAGAUAUAAGGACAGAUACAGAAGGGACCGUCGUGAUUACAUGGAUGAUUACCAUAAAUUUCUACUGAACAAACGUGAAAUGGAGUUGUUGAAGUUAGAAAACAAGGUUAGGUUUAUCCUUGCAGUUGUGAAGGGAGAGAUCAUUGUAAGUAAUAGGAAGAGAGCUGAUCUGUUUAUUGAGCUGCAAACAAAAGGUUUCACUCCUUUUCCAAAGAAAACUAAAGCUGUUGAGCCAGAAGUUGCUGGUGCAACUGAUGAUACAGAAGAAACAGAAGUGAAAUCUCCUGCUGACAGCAGUAGUAAUGGGGUACAGAUAAGUGAUUAUGAGUAUCUACUGGCCAUGGCAAUUGGAAGCUUGACCAUUGAGAAGGUUCAGGAGUUAUGCGCUGAAAGGGAUAAGGUCAAUAAGGAGGUUGAUGAUUUGAGAAAGGAAACUCCAAAGUCCUUUUGGAGGACAGAUCUUGAUGCUUUGGAGGGGCAACUCGAUGAGCUAGAGAGAAGUGAUGUGAGUCAGAGGAGUUAAGAAAGAAAAUGAGAGGCAAAGCAAGGGGUGAAGCUGCUAUGAAGUCUGCUAGACAAGCACCCAAGAACCCACGCAAGAACAAUAAUAAGAA